GGCUGUGGCUCGUCGGCGUGUGCGGAAAUGGUGCUCUUGCAGAACGUAUGGAAAAUGUGCAUAUUUCAGGAGUGUCAACUGUGCUCAUCUUGGCUCCUCUGCUAUUCGAUUUUUACUUCUUCAUUAUCAAAUAUGUUAUAACUACAGCAUCCAGAGUCUGAUCUACUUAUAUAACAUGUUUUCUGGAAACACAUGUGGAGAGACUCCAGAACAAAUUAGAGCCCCAAGUGGGAUAAUCACAAGCCCAGGCUGGCCUUUUGAAUAUCCUGCCAGAGUGAACUGCAGCUGGUACAUACGAGCCAACCCAGGAGAAAUCAUUACUAUCAGUUUUCAGGACUUUGAUAUUCAGGGAUCAAGACGAUGCAGCUCCGACUGGUUAACGAUCGGGACCUUUAAGAACAUUGAAGGCUACAGAGCUUGUGGUUCCACGAUUCCAUCACCAUAUAUUUCUUCACUGGACCACGUGUGGAUCAGAUUUCAUUCAGAUGAUAGCAUCUCCAGGAAGGGUUUCAGACUAACGUAUUUUUCAGGAAAAUCUGAUGAGCCAAACUGUGCAUGUGACCAGUUUCAUUGCGGCAACAGGAAGUGCAUUCCAGAGAUGUGGAAAUGUAACAACAUGGACGAGUGUGGAGACAAUUCCGACGAAGAGAUCUGUGCCAAAGAAGCCAACUCUCCGACGGCUUUCUCUUUCCAGCCGUGUGCUUACAACCAGUUCCAGUGUCUGUCUCGCUUCACCAAAGUUUACACUUGCCUUCCCGAGUCUUUAAAAUGCGAUGGAAACAUCGACUGCCUGGACCUGGGAGAUGAGAUCGACUGUGAUGUUCCAACUUGUGGGCAGUGGUUGAAAUAUUUCUAUGGUACUUUUAAUUCCCCCAAUUAUCCAGAUUUUUACCCUCCCGGAAGCAAUUGUACCUGGUUAAUAGACACCGGUGAUCAUCGCAAAGUGAUCUUGCGCUUCACUGACUUUAAACUGGACGGUACAGGCUACGGUGAUUAUGUCAAGAUAUAUGAUGGGUUAGAAGAGAACCCACACAAACUUUUGCGGGUGUUAACGGCUUUUGACUCUCAUGCCCCUCUCACAGUUGUUUCUUCGUCUGGACAGAUCAGGGUGCAUUUUUGUGCUGACAAAGUAAAUGCCGCACGGGGGUUUAAUGCCACCUAUCAAGUCGACGGCUUCUGCCUGCCCUGGGAAAUACCCUGUGGGGGUAACUGGGGUUGCUAUACCGAGCAGCAGCGCUGUGAUGGAUACUGGCAUUGCCCAAACGGACGGGACGAGAUCAACUGUACCAUGUGUCAAAAGGAGGAAUUUCCCUGCUCCAGGAACGGGGUCUGUUACCCUCGCUCGGACCGCUGCAACUACCAAAAUCACUGCCCCAAUGGCUCCGACGAAAAGAACUGCUUCUUUUGCCAGCCCGGAAACUUUCAUUGUAAAAACAACCGAUGUGUGUUUGAAAGCUGGGUCUGUGAUUCUCAGGAUGACUGUGGGGACGGCAGCGAUGAGGAGAAUUGCCCGGUAAUUGUGCCUACCAGAGUAAUAACUGCAGCUGUAAUAGGGAGUCUCAUCUGCGGCCUGCUCUUAGUCAUUGCCCUGGGAUGCACUUGUAAGCUCUAUUCCUUAAGAAUGUUUGAACGGAGAUCAUUUGAAACACAGCUGUCGAGAGUUGAAGCAGAGCUGUUGAGAAGGGAAGCGCCUCCAUCUUAUGGACAAUUGAUCGCUCAGGGUUUAAUCCCACCAGUUGAAGAUUUCCCUGUCUGUUCCCCUAACCAGGCUUCGGUUUUGGAAAACCUAAGAUUAGCGGUUCGCUCUCAGCUUGGAUUUACAUCAAUAAGGCUCCCUAUCGCCGGCAGGUCCAGCAACAUUUGGAAUCGGAUCUUCAAUUUUGCCCGGUCCCGGCAUUCGGGCUCCCUGGCUCUGGUCUCUGCCGAUGGAGAUGAUGUCGUCGCCAGCCAGAAUACCAGCAGGGAGCCAGAAAGGAGUAACUCCCACCGGAACCUAUUUUCCGUUGAGUCCGAUGACACGGACACCGAAAACGAGCGGAGAGACAUGGCCGGAGCGGUCGGUGGCAUCGCCGCUCCUUUGCCUCAGAAGGUCCCGCCCACGUCGGCAAUAGAAGCCACGGUCGUAGGGGCAUGUGGAAGUUCCUCGGUCCAGAGUACCCGCAGUGGGAUUACAGAAAACGGAAGGGAGGGGACAGGCGGAGACCCCCCGAGCGUGAGUCCUGCCCGGCAUCAACUCACCAGCGCGUUAAACCGGAUGACUCAAGGUCUGCGUUGGGUGCGCUUCACGUUAGGCAGGUCCAGCUCUGUCAGUCAGAACCAAAGUCCCUUGAGACAGCUGGAUACCGGGGUGAGUGGAAGAGAGGAGGAUGAUGAUGUCGAGAUGCUGAUUCCAGUUUCCGACGGAGCGUCGGACUUCGAUCCGACCGAGUGUUCCAGACCUCUUCUUGAUCUUGCCUCAGAUCAAGGACAAGGGCUCAGGCAGCCUUACAGUGCCACACAUCAGGGAGCGAGACCGUGUAAUCGCGAUGGCCCUUGCGAGCGCUGCGGUAUCGUCCACACUGCCCAGAUACCCGACACUUGCUUAGAAGCGGCGCUGAAAAACGAAACUAGUGAUGAUGAGGCUUUGUUACUUUGUUAGGUACGAGUUGAAAAAGGGAGAUUGUGUACAAGUUGGAGCAAUAUCCAGUCAUUGUUUUGUACUUUCCAGUUCAAAAAACAAGUUUGAGUUGAAAAAAGAGAAAACUUCCAGGGCAAAAAUCAGAUUACGCGUAAGCCUGCAUGGUUAAAUAAACACUUCCUGUUACUCUAUGGACUACUAGAGUGAACAUUUUAGCAGCUGAGAAUACAUUAUGCCUCCAGACCGUUAUGUAAAUCACGUUCAUCCCAUGUGUUUCUAAUUUGUUUAUCCUGGUACUGUAGUUCAUAGUAGAAACAUGGCUGCUGAAAACUUAUUUGACUGUCAGAUUAUUUAUCCUAUAUUAAAAGGAUUAUUUUUUUUCCUUUAAAGCGGAAUCUGUUGCAUUAAUGCCAACACAGAUCUUGUUACUUAGUAUACUAAAUGCUUUUAAAAGCUGUUAAUGUACAAACAAGCCUUCCCCCACCCCCGCUCCACGUUCUUGAUUUACAACAUUUAUCUAAAUAUUCUUGAAUUUCAUCAUAAUGUGAACUCAUCAAAGGGAGACAACUUUCACAAUCCUUUUUUUCCUGUCGCGCUCAAAGUGCAGUGAUGUAUGAAAUUUAGUCUAGUUAGAUAAAUCAAUGGCAGAAACAAAAGCCCUUUUCUAGAUUUUCUAUCAUUAACUUUAAUACACUGCUAUAGAAUAUGGUACAAACCAAAUGGUAUGUAAAAUCCCAAGUCAUUUUUUUUUCAUCUCUGUUUGGGGACAGAAUAAAAUGGCCGAAGAUAUUCUACUAUGCAUUAAUUCUUGAACUUUAUGAAACACGUACAACUAUUGUACGAGAUAAGUUCCAACUGGUAAUAUGUCUUUCCCUAAUGUAGGGUAUAUGCUUGCAUUGGACCCAGGGGAUUUGCACUAAAAUCAUAUUAAGGUCUCUAAUGAGCUUAGUGCACAAGCACUAUCACUUUAAGUACUAUUAUUCGCUUAUACUGCAAUGAUUAUGUAUAUGUGUGCACC